ACGAUAGGUAUUUAAAUCUAGAUACAAGCGAGGUAGUAGGAUAGACAUAGAUAUUUCAACUGGCUUAAAAUGAAAAAUUGAUAGGAAAAUAUGAAAUCUUUUGCAUCUAGCAUUGAUAUGUAAGAAGCUCUGCUAGCGCCACCAUACGGCGCCAGCUGGCAAAUAAUCCAGUUAAUACCAGAGCCCUCAAAAAGCGCCCAUGCCUCUCAUGUAAAAGCGCCCUAUUAAAACAACGGUUUGCCACCUAACUAAGUAGCCUAUUUGAAAGUGUCAGCCCAUUAGCCAUUCAUGCUGUGAAGGCUAAGGUAAUGGUAAGCCGGCGAGUGUCGCCCAGUCGCCGAGCCUCCAGACCGCCGCCAUGCCCAAGUACUUCUGUGACUACUGCGACACCUACCUGACGCACGACUCGCCGUCUGUGCGCAAAACCCACUGCUCGGGCCGCAAACACAAGGAGAACGUCAAAAUCUACUACCAGAAGUGGAUGGAGGAGCAGGCCCAGUCGCUGAUCGACGCCACCACGGCCGCCUUCAAGGCCGGCAAGAUCCAGAACAACCCGUUCGCGGCCGGCAAGGGCCCGGUGGCGGGCCGCGAGGGCGGUGCUGCCAUCCCGCCGCCGGCCAACAUGGGCGGCGCGCCGGUGCGGCCGCCGCUCGGGCCCGGCCAGCCGGCCAUGGGACCGCGCGGGCCCCUGAUGGGGCCCUACAUGGGCCCGCCCAUGAUGGGCCCCGGCAUGCCGAUGGGCGGGCCGCACAUGAUGGGCCCCGGCGGGAUGCGGCCGCCCAUGGGCCCGAUGGGCGGGCCGAUGAUGAUCAUGGGCGGACGGCCGCCCAUGAUGAUGGGAGGCCCGGGCAUGCAGAACUAGUGUGGGCGGGGGGCGGCGACGGCCCCUGGUCCGCGCUGAGACUGUCUGGCUGGGCCCGGGCAGCGACCGGCUGACCGGCCGCCGCUGUCCGGAGUCGGUGGACGCUGCGGUGGACGCUACGGUGGACGGUGGACGCUGCGGUGGAACUCACUAUGUGACGUUCUGUGGAUGUCUUAACGACCAGCCGAGUGGACUGUCGGCGCGUGGUUGUCAUGUCAUUGUCAUUGCUGGUGUACCAUUCCGCUCACUAUCGUUUAACUAAGCGAGUUAUAGCACCAGGUAACUUUGCCUCGUCAUUUUACACCCAUGGACGUGCGUAUUCUCUGGUAAAAUUUGCCCUCUUGAAGAUUUUUUCCCCGAUUCAUUUGAGUCGUUCCUUUUCUCUCCAGUCCAGGUAAUGUCUUCAAACGUUUUCUCGUACUCAGUGUUUUUAAUUCUUUCUGUCCAGACCAUUCAUUGCGUAAAUAUACCAACCAAAGCCUG